AUGUAUAAUAAUAAGAGAUUUUUGGCAAACGGAAUAGUUAAAACUUUAUUUAAUCAAAAGGCCAUAAUUGGAGAGUCCGCAACGGAUAUUAAAAACCUUCUAAGUACAACCACUGAUUGUUUAGAAUCAAUAAAAAAUUUAGAUAUAGAUCUUGCCUCAAUUUUGAUUAUACACAUUAUCACUGAGAAGCUUGAUAAAGUAACUAGAAGGGCAUGGGAGUUGAAGGUAUCAUCUGAUCCUAAGGACGACCUUCCUACUUUCGAUGAACUGAAAGAAUUCCUGGUUAAUCGAUUUAGGGCUUUAGAGAAUCUAGAAACGAAAGUAGAGAGGGUUCCAAAGACUACACGGGCAUUACAUGUAGUUAAAGAUAAAGGGGUAUCUUGUACCUUUUGUACAGGUGAGCACAAAUUAAGUUCAUGUCCAAAAUUUAUUAAGGAAAGUACGGAAAAUCGGCGAAACUUUGUUCUAAAGAACAAAUUAUGUUUCAUCUGCCUGCUCAGCAACCACUCUGUUAAGUUUUGUAAAAACACUCUCAAGUGCCAGGUGUGCAAACGCCGCCAUCAUUCAUUGUUACACCCACAAGGUGUUGUAGGGUCGGAAGUUGGUGAGGGUAGUAGUGCUGCUCGCGCGGAAACCUCAUCGGUAACUUAUGAGGGAAAUAAGGACGCUAAUCAAGCGGAGGGAUCAAAAACACACGUAGUCUCAUGUCUUGCGACAGGAACCAGGAAAACGGUUUUAUUGACUACCGCUUUAAUCAAAGUGGAGUCGAAAGACGGAUCGUAUAGGGUUGUUAGGGCUUUACUCGAUCAAGGAUCGCAAGGUUCGUUUGUGACAGAAUCCACGGUCCAGUAUUUGGGACUACAUAAAACACCUUCAAAGCAGGUUGUGAUAGGUGUAGGUGGGGACAAAAGUGCCACGGCCAAGUCCAGCGUAAUUCUCACAUUGAGGUCUAGAAUAGACCCAAGUGUUGUCAUUAGGGUUAAUGCGUUCGUCCUGAAGUCGGUCACAGCUCUUCUCCCAUCUACGAAAGUAACCCGGGUAGAAUGGGUAGACUUGACUGAUGAUGACUUGGCUGAUCCAGAAUAUUACAGGCCUAAUAAAAUUGAUGUUUUAUUGGGUGCUGAUGUCUACAGCCAGGUCAUCCAGGAGGGUAUUAAAAAGAAUGUCACUGGGACAUUAUUAGCUCAGGACACUAAAUUAGGGUGGAUAUUGUCGGGUACCUUGGAUGUGGACCAGACAAUUAAUUCACACAUUACCGUGAUGCACUCCAGGGUUGAAGGUGACGACAUGUUGAGAAAAUUCUGGGAACUAGAGGAACCAUCUGGAACAAAAGAGAUGCUCACGGAGGAAGAAACCAAAUGUGAAGAACUAUUUAAAACAACCACGACAAGGGAUAAAGACGGCAGGUAUGUAGUAAGGUUGCCGUUACGGGACACAAACCUGGUCGAUAGGGGCGUUGAAUCCAAGGGGGUAGCUGAAAAAAGACUUAAAGGGUUAGAAGCAAGGUUAGCAAAAAAUGAUAAAUUAAAGGUCGAGUACGCUAAGGUGAUACAAGAAUAUUUAAGUCUCAACCACAUGGUAGAAGUAUCAGAUAGGGAUAAUAUAAAGGGUGUUUACUUACCUCAUCACGCUGUCAUCCGUGAGGAUAAAGAAACAACAAAGGUGCGUGUUGUAUUUGAUGCUUCCUGUAAGUAUAGCAACGGGCGGUCACUAAACGAUGAUCUAAUGGUUGGUCCGUCUUUACAAGACGAGCUUCGCCAUAUCAUUAUGCGCUGGAGGGUACAUCGAAUUUGUAUUGUGUCUGAUAUAAUUAAAAUGUACCGACAAGUUUUAGUUAAUAGGCAAGAUACUCCAUUACAACGAAUACUUUGGCGGGAUAGUCCUGAAAAGGAAACAAAGGCGUAUGAAUUGAUAACGGUUACAUUCGGUACAGCCUCGGCACCAUACUUAGCUGUGAAGGCUCUUCAACAGCUUGCAGUUGAUGAAUGCGGGGAUAAUUUAGAUAUGGCUAAAAUCAUUGUAAACGAUUUUUAUAUGGAUGAUUUAAUGUCAGGAGCUGAAACUAAAGAAGAUGCGUUUAAGAUUUAUACGGAAAUAACCAAAAUUCUAGGUAAAGGCGGAUUUAAAUUACAAAAAUGGAAAAGCAAUUGUCAAGAAUUGUUAAAUAAAAUUAGAGAUGGAAAUGAUGAAGCGUUACAGAUAAAAAUUGAUGAAUUAACAAAAAUCUUAGGACUUACCUGGAAUGCGCGCGACGAUUGCUUUCAAUACUCUCUGGAGCUUAAGCCAUUAGCUGGACCUGUAACAAAAAGGAAAAUUAUUGCGGAUAUUGCUCGAUUGUUUGAUCCAUUGGGUUGGUUAGCACCAAGCAUAAUAGUGGCAAAAACGAUGAUUCAAAAGCUGUGGUUAGCAGGGUUGCAGUGGGAUGAAGAAGUUCCAAAGAAUUUAUUAAAAGAAUGGGUUACUUACCGUGAAAACUUAGCUUCUUUAGUUGAUUUAAAAAUACCACGUUGGUUGAACACGGGAAAGAAGGUAAAACAAGAGUUAUACGGGUUUUCGGAUGCUUCCAAGUUAGCAUACGCGGCAGUUGUAUACCUUAGAGUGGUUGAUGAAAUGGGCGUUAUAUACGUUUCUUUAAUAGCUUCCAAAACGAAGGUUGCACCUGUAAAGCAAGUGUCGAUUCCUAGACUCGAGCUUUGCGGGGCAGUACUUUUAACCAAGCUUAUUUUGGAGGUUGCUGAUGUCAUGAAUAUACAAAAGGAGAAUCUUUACGCGUUCACAGAUAGCGAAGUAGUAUUGGCUUGGUUGAAUAGUCACCCGAGUCGUUGGAAGACUUUCGUUGCUAACAGAGUUUCGGAGAUUUUGAGCAAUUUAGAUACACACCAUUGGGCUCAUGUAGCAUCGAAACAAAAUCCAGCAGAUUGUGCUUCGCGUGGGAUAUGCCCGUCAGAACUUUCAAAGGUUUCUCUCUGGUGGGAAGGCCCAAAUUUCCUAAAGGAACCGGUAUUUGAAUCUAAAAGACCUAAACAGCUUGUCACACAUUUAGAAGAAAUCAAGGUGCAUACGAGUACUUUAGAUCUUUCAUUUUGGAAACGAUUCUCAAAGUUAUCAAGAAUGAUUCGCGUCAUAGCUUAUUGUCGUAGAUUCUUGAACUUGCGAAAAAAUGGAGUAUUAGAUAGGGUUAAAGGGUCGUUAUCUACACAGGAAUUAGAGAACGCAACAGAAAUAUGUAUUAAAAGAUGCCAGGAAGAAGAAUUUGCAAAUGAAUUAGAAAAAUUAAAAAGCAAUAAGGUAGGAAGGAAAAACUCAAAACUAAAUUCAUUAAAUAUAUUUUUAGAUCCGAAGGGAAUAAUAAGAGUAGGAGGUAGGCUUGAGAUGUCUCAAUUAAAUUAUGAAAGAGCGCAUCCCAUCUUAAUACCUAGGGAAUCAUUUCUGACUAAACUUUUAAUAACGGACGCACAUGAGAAAACAAUGCACGGUGGUCCGCAAUUAAUGAUCACAUACUUACGGUCAAAAUACUGGAUCAUUGGCAUAAAGGCGUUGGCAAAAAGAUAUGCGGGAAGCUGUGUGAAGUGUAUCCGAUACACAGCCAAGGUCAGAACGCAACUUAUGGGACAGUUACCAUCCUCUCGAGCAACACCUGCUAAACCUUUUCUACGAAGCGGGGUAGAUUACGCGGGCCCUAUAAGCAUUAGAGUAUCCAAGGGUCGCGGAAAUAAGUCUUACAAGGGCUAUAUAGCGUUGUUUGUAUGUAUGGUUACACGUGCGGUUCAUUUGGAAGCCGUAAGCGAUUUAAGCACAAAGGGUUUUUUGGCGGCUUUCAGGCGAUUUGUGGCUAGACGGGGUCGAUGUGCGGAACUACACAGUGACAACGGGACCAAUUUUGUAGGCGCCGCGCGCGAGUUACUUCAUUUAUUCAAUGAAGAAAGGUCAGCAUGUAAUCCCGAAUUAGCAGAUGAACUAGGGAACAACGGUACGGAGUGGCAUUUUAUCCCCCCUCAGUCCCCCAAUUUUGGAGGACUUUGGGAAGCAGGGGUAAGAUCCACGAAGCAUCACCUUAAGAGAGUGAUUGGAAAUUCAACUCUGACCUUUGAAGAGAUUACGACGGUGUUAGCUCAAAUUGAGGCGUGCCUUAAUUCGAGACCAUUGUCUUAUGUUGAGGAUCAGGAUAAAUUGACCAUUUUGACUCCAGGUCAUUUUCUAGUAGGGGAGCCUCUAGUUUUACCGCCCGAUUCAAAUUAUGAAAGGUCAAAUGUUAGCAACUUAAGACGAUGGCAUCUGCUUCAAAAAAUGAUGCAGGAGUUUUGGCGAAGAUGGUCGCACGAUUACCUUCACCAAUUUUUACAAAGACACAAAUGGCAAAAUCAAACGCCCGAGCCAUCUGUGGGUGAUAUAGUACUAAUCAAGGAGGACAAUAUGCCUCCCGGCAGGUGGUUGUUGGGCAGAGUGGAAGGCAAGCAUCCGGGUUCAGAUGGGUUAACACGUGUAGUCACCAUAAGGACCAAAUUGUCCACCAUAAAAAGACCUACGUCAAAGGUGUGUGUAUUACCUGUAGCAGAUUAA